AUGCUUCGCUCGUCUCUCCAUCGGUCUCAUUAUAUUUACAGGGGAGCAGCGAGUGCUGUCUCCUUUCCUCGCCCGCGUCGUCUGCUGACAACUGCUGCUGCAGCAGCAGCAGCAGCAGAGGCAGCAGCAGCAACAACAAACACAGCAGCAGCACAACCAGAGGAAGCAGCAGCAGCAGCAGCAGCAACUGCUUCUAACUCCGCUGUCUCGCCUUCAUGUGGCUCUGAUGCUUCUCUUGAUUCAUCUGCUGCAGCACAGGGGGGCCCCCCGGGGCCCCUACGCGUGGGUGUGCUGAUUGUAGGGGGAGGCCUUACUGGGCUUAGCGCAGCACAUGCGCUGCAGCGUCUGCUGCAGCAGCAGCAGCAGCAGCAACAUUCUGAGGGAUUGCGGUUUCUUGCUGCUCCCCGUCUCCAGGACCAUGUGUUGCAUCAGAUGUAUGGUGGUUCUGCUGCUGCUGCUGCUGCUGCUGCUGCUGCUGCGGAGCAGCCAUUUUGUAUCAUUGAAGCUGCUGAUGAGCCUGGGGGCUGCUUAAAGAGCCGUCGCUCUGCAUGCAAGGAGUUUGUAUAUGAGUGUGGGGCGAACAGCUUUAGGCUGACACCGGAGACAAUGCUGCUGCUGCAGCAGCUGCAGCUGGAGUCUAGUUUGCUGCUGGCUCCUCGGGGGGCCCCACGCUUUGCUGCUGGGAGACACGGGCUGCUGCAGAUGCCUUCAUCUGUUUUAUCGUUUCUUACGACCGAUCUUCUCUCUUUCUCUUCUAAACUACAACUCCUAAAGGGCCUUCUCUUAGGGGCGAAACCUUGGCUACCUUCAAAGAAGCCCCAGCAGCCCCAGCAGCAGCAGCAGCAGCAGCAGCAGCAGCAGCAGCAGCUAGGGGAUCCUUCUGUGGAGGAGUAUAUAUCGAAAGUAUUGGGCCCAGAAGCAGCGCUACAGCUAGCGGGCACCAACCCCCGCAUCAGCAGCAGCAGCAACAGCAGCAGCAGCAGCAACAGCAGCAGGAAGCAGAAGGGAGGAGGAGACAACAAGGUGGGCACCUGCUGGAGGUCGGGGGGCAGGAACCAUAAUAAAGAUGUAUAUAGUGCAGCACCAACCCCCGCAUCAGCAGCAGCAGCAGCAGCAACAGCAGCAGCAGCAGGUGCAGCAGCAGGAAGCAGAAGGGAGGAGGAGACAACAAGGUGGGCACCUGCUGGAGGUCGGGGGGCCCCUCUUGUUGCUUCUCUUAAAGGGGGCCUCCAAUCUCUUGCAUGGGGCCUCUAUUCGCAGCUGCCGUCCAGCACUUUGCUGCUGCAGCACAAACUUCUUCGGCUGCAGCCCCUCUCUUCUAUGCAAAAGGAGACGCCUGGAUAUCUCGCAACUGUCUCCUCACCUCGAGGACAAACACAAAUCUUUGCAAACCAUGUCUUACUCACAAUACACCCGAAGCAACUAGCACUAGUUCUAGGCCCAACGAAAGGCUCCCAGGGGGCCCCCACGGAGGCUCUCCAAGGGGGCCCCCAAGGGGCCCCCACAGAGGCCCUCCAAGAGGUUUCCAAGGGGGGCCCCCAAGGGGCCCCUCAUGGGUCCUUUCAAAAGGGCCCCCAAGGGGCCCCUCAUGGGUCCUUUCAAAAGGGCCCCCAAGGGGCCCUAAACGGGGACCCCCGAGGGGGCCCUCAAGGGGCCUCCAUAGAGGUCCCCCAUGGGUCCCUUCAAAAGGGCCUCCAGGGCCCCCCCCAAGGGACCCUCCAGGGGGCCCCCCAAGGGGCCCUCAAGGGGGCCCCCAUCCCCGUGUGUGGAGGACAGAGGGUUACCCUUAUUACGAUUGCAUUGAGGCCUGCAGCAGCAGCAGCAGCUGCUGCUGCUGCUGCUGCUGCAGGUGAUGAUGGGGGAGGAGGUGAUGCAGCUGCUGCGGCUGCUGCUGCUGCUGCUGCUGCUGCACCUCAGCUGAUACCCCCUGGCUUCGGGUUUUUAGUGUCUCCUUUUGCUGCUAAGGAAGGAGACUGGCAGACAAUGGGGGCCCUCAGCGUCUCCAAGUUGUUUAGUGGUAGGGCCCCCGAAGGGUAUGAGAUGCUGACAGCCUUCUUAAGGGCCCCCAGCCCCCCAGCAGCAGCAGCAGCAACAGCAGCAGCAGCAGCAGCAGAAGAGAUUGAUGCAGUAGCGAAGGUGCUGCACGACUUAAAGAAAAUCCAUCGGCAUCUCCCUCUCAUAUUUGAACCAGACCCAGCAGCAAACAAACAGGAGACAGCAGCAAAUAAAGAGACAGCAGCAGCAGCAGAUAAAGAGACAGCAGCAAACAAACAAGAGGCAGCAGCAAAUAAGGAGACAGAUACAUAUAAAGAGACAGCAGCAAAUAAGGAGACAGCUGCAUGUGGUGCAGCUAAAGAGGCAGCUACACAAAAGGAGACAGCAGAUAAUAAGGAGACAGAUGCUGCUGUCUCUCCUUUAAAGUAUUACUAUCGCGUUGUAGGCGUCUACCAGUGGGAGGAGACAAUCCCUACAAUGGGUAGCAACUACAGGGCUGUGCGCAUGCAAAUAGACAAAGAGCUGCAGCAGCUGCAACAACAGCAGCAGCAGCUGCAGCAACAGCAGCAGCAGCUGCUGCAGCAACAGCAGCAACUGCCCUCAGGUCUGCUGCUGAUAGAAGGUGGCUGGGUCAGUGGGGUUGCAGUUGGAGACAGAAUAAAGGCGGGGACUGAAGCAGCAAACAUCUUCCUGCUGCAUCAUCAGCAGCAGCAGCAACUGCUGCAGCAGCAGCAGCUGCUGCUGCAGAAGCAGAAACAUAUACGAACAGAAUAA